AUGGAUAUCGUAUUAGAAAUUUGUGAUUAUUUCAUCUUUGACAGGCUAUAUGCUGCCGCUUUACCAAAAGGUGGUAAAGUUGACCAAUUUAUUCAAAAUUCACCUGUUAUCCAACAAGCUUCCUCCAAGAUAUCUCAAUUUCUUCCUGUAAGUUCAGCUAGUUACGAUACACUUGAUAAUGCUAUACUUGGAAACACUACUUCACCCAUUUACAAUGCAUUAAACUUCCAAUUCAAUGCUACUAGUGUCAAUGUUGCUAACUUACCAUCUUACUUGUGGACUAAAGUCAUGAAUUUACAGAAUAAAUCAGAAAUUUAUGGAUUAAAACCAACUUUUUUACCUGCUGGUGAUUAUUUCUCUAGUUCCAUAUUAUCCAGAUCAAAUCUUUUAAGAGAAUCAUUGAGUAUAUUGGUGGUGACGACAAUUUUUGGUUGGUUAUUAUACUUGAUUGUGGCUUAUUUCAGUUAUUUAUUUGUCUUUGAUAGAAGAAUCUUUAAUCAUCCAAGGUACUUGAAAAACCAAAUGUGGUUAGAAAUUGAACGUGCAAUGACUGCAAUUCCAAUCAUGGUUGCUUUAACAAACCCAUUUUUCCUUUUAGAAUUAAAAGGGUUUUCACGUCUUUAUUUUGAAAUUAAUGAAUGUACUGGUGGCUGGAAAUUUUUGUUGUUACAAAUCCCCAUGUUUAUUUUGUUUACUGAUUGUUUGAUUUAUUUCAUUCAUAGAUGGUUACAUUGGCCUUCAGUUUACAAGAGGUUGCAUAAACCGCAUCAUAAAUGGAUUGUUUGUACUCCAUUUGCUUCUCAUGCUUUCCAUCCUGUUGAUGGAUGGGCUCAAAGUUUACCAUACCAUAUUUACCCUUUGUUGUUCCCAUUACAUAAAGUAUUGUACUUGGGAUUGUUUACAUUUGUUAAUUUCUGGACAGUUAUGAUUCAUGAUGGUAAUUACAUGAGUAAUGAUCCUGUGGUUAACGGAACUGCAUGCCAUACUGUUCAUCAUUUGUACUUCAACUAUAACUAUGGACAAUUUACUACAUUGUGGGAUAGAAUCGGAAGAUCUUAUAGAAGGCCUGAUGACUCUUUCUUUAUCAAAGAUACUGAUGUUGAAAAGGAGAAGCAAGAGUGGAAGAAACAAGUGACUCAAAUGGAGGAAAUUAGAAAUGAAUUGGAGGGUAAAGUUGAUGAUAGAGAAUAUGUUGAGGUAUCGUAG